UUCAAACUCUACUUGCACUAAUAAUUCUCAUUUUAUCAAACAAUCAUGUCCAAACCAAACAUUGAUGAACUCGGCGGCAUGGCAUCUCGCAACAAAGACCACACCCACUACCCACCCCACUUGCAAAGCCAUCUCACUACCGACGAACGGGGUGUCAUGAUUGGCAACGAGGAUCCGUCCUCAAAGCCCAAGGCUACUAGCAACCCCGAAGAAGUGAACACGGCCUUCGCAUCUAAACCCCUUGAACAAGCCCUUCCCCCGCAACACGCGGGAACGAUUGAUGAACUGGGUGGAAUGGCGUCGCAUAAUGUGAAGCAUACACAUUAUCCGCCGCAUUUGCAGAGUCGUAUUGGUGUGCCGACCAUGACGGGAGCGGUGCGUCAGGAGCAUCCUGUUUCGCAAGAGGUUGAAGAAGAGAGUGUUGUUGAUGCUUUGUGAGGUUGUGGGAUGUACUAGGUUGAUAAAAGUCUUGUAAAUAAAGUUGUUGAAUCCAGUGUGCUUUGUGGUGGUGGUGGUGUCAAUGGACAUCUAUGCACACCAAGAUCGAAAUCAAAAAGCGUUAUUGUUCAAUUACGUGUAUAAAUGCAUCUAUAUCUACAAGAAAGGUUUCAAAAUAGCC